UGUCCGUUGUUGUUUCAGUUCGCCUUGUUUCUCGGUGUGUGUAUGGUGACAGGUAUAGGAACCGAAACUUUAUCUUUUAUCUUACCGGGUUGACUCAUCACGCGAAUACUAAAUACUUGAGCUGUGUGGAACUGAGAAAUGCGGUGUAUCUAGUGCAAAAAUACACGAAAAAAUAAAAAGAGAAGCGAGCCAUGGCCAUGCAACGGGAAGUCGGUGUCGGGGAUUUUGUCCUCAUGGACAAAAUAGACCUGGAGAACUUUAUGCAGAAUCUUGAACUAAGAUUUAAGAAUGGCAAGAUAUACACUUACAUUGGAGAAGUAUGUGUUUCUGUAAACCCUUACAAAACGAUGAAUAUCUAUGGUCAAACCUAUGUAGAUCAAUACAAAGGAAGGGAACUCUUCGAAAAUCCACCCCACAUCUUCGCCAUAGCGGACGCCUCCCACAAGGUGAUGAAACAGCAAGGUAGGGACACCUGCAUCGUCAUCAGUGGUGAGUCGGGAUCGGGAAAAACAGAAGCUUCGAAGAUCAUCAUGAAGUAUAUCGCCGCCGUUACAAAUCAAGACAGUUUUCGUAACCCUAGCGGUCAGAAGGAGAUAGAGAGGGUGAAGAACGUUCUUAUCCAGUCGAACUCCAUCCUGGAGGCGUUCGGGAACGCCAAGACUAACCGCAACGACAACUCGUCCAGAUUCGGGAAGUACAUGGACAUUCAUUUCGAUUUUAAAGGGGACCCGAUCGGCGGGCAUAUCAGUAAGUACCUGCUGGAAAAGUCCAGGGUGAUCCACCAGCAGGGGGGCGAGAGGAACUUCCACUGUUUCUACCAGCUUCUAGGUGGCGCCAACGAAGACUUACUGAAAAGACUGAACCUAGCCCGUAACCCAGACGAGUAUUUCUACGUGAAGCAGGGCAAUGCACACAAAGUCGACACCAUCAACGACCGCAACGACUACAGGGACGUCGUGAGCUCCCUGAACACCCUGCAGUUCUCCAAAGAGGACCAAGACCUGCUAUGGCGCGUAGUGGCCGCCAUCCUCCACCUGGGAAACGUCGAAUUCGACGUGGACGAGGAAAAACUGAUCCUGAAAAAAUCCAGAUCUGUGGACAUCGUUGCGGACCUGCUGAAAGUGCAGAAGAAGGACUUGGAGACGGCCCUCUGCGAGCGGGUGAUAGCCGCGAGGGGCGAUAUCAUGCGGAAGGAGCACACGGAGACGGAAGCGGCGUUCGGGAGGGACGCCUUCGCCAAGGCCGUGUACGAGCGGUUGUUCGGGUGGAUAGUGGAUAAAAUUAACUCCGCCAUAGCCGUGGACGCCAACAACUACAGCAGGAACCACAAAAGCUCCCUGAUCGGCGUGCUGGACAUCUACGGGUUUGAAAUUUUUGAUAACAACAGCUUCGAACAGUUCUGCAUCAACUACUGCAACGAGAAGCUGCAACAGUUGUUCAUCGAGUUGGUAUUGAAACAGGAGCAAGAGGAGUACAACAGAGAGGGCAUAGCUUGGACCAACAUCGAGUACUUCAACAACCAGGUGAUCUGCGAUCUAGUCGAGGCCCCGCACCAGGGCAUCAUCUCUAUAAUGGACGACGCUUGCAAGAUGACGGCAGAGAAGGUGACGGAUGAAAUGCUGCUGGAGGCGAUGGAUAGGAAGUUGAAGGGGCACAAGCACUACAUGUCCCGACAGGUGAAGCCUUCAGAGAAGAAUCUGAAGCACAAGAUCGAGUUUAGGAUAACGCACUACGCCGGAGACGUGACCUACUGCAUCCUGGGGUUCCUGGAUAAGAACAAGGACAUGCUCUUCCAGGACUUCAAGAGGUUGCUGUACAACUCGAGGGAUCCGGGGCUCAAGGAGAUGUGGCCCGAAGGAGCACAGCAUAUUUCGGAGAUUACGAAAAGGCCUCCCACUGCCGGCACCCUCUUCAAGAACUCCAUGCAGGCCCUCGUCCAGAACCUGCAGAGCAAAGAGCCCCACUACGUACGGUGCAUCAAACCGAACGAAAUGAAGUCGGCCGCGGCAUUCGACGAGGAACGUGUGAGGCACCAGGUCAGCUACCUGGGUCUCGUCGAGAACGUCAGGGUGAGGAGGGCCGGUUUCGCUUACAGACAGAGAUACGACAGGUUCUUGAAGAGAUACAAGAUGAUCUCUCAAUUCACCUGGCCCAACUUUAGAUCGGGAUCGGAGAAGGACGGGGUGCGAGUGAUAAUGGACGAAAACAACUUUACCGAUGACGUAAAGUACGGCAAAACGAAGUUGUUCGUCCGAUCGCCGAAGACGCUGUUCGCUUUGGAAAACGCUAGGAACGCUUUGAUUCCCGGCAUCGUCACUUUAAUCCAGAAAACUUGGAGAGGUUACGUAGCCCGUCAGCAGUACAAGAGGAUGAAGGCCUUGAUGGUGAUGGUGAAGGCGUACCGACUAAAGAAGGCGAGGGAAUACAUAAACGCCCUCCAAAAAAAAUUCGCCCGCGCGAGAUCCAUGAAAGACUACGGCAAGAGCAUAAUGUGGCCGGCUCCCCCGCCGUCCCUACGCGACACCACGAAGAUGCUGCGUCAGAUCUUCAACAGGUGGCGGGCGGAGCGGGUCCUCGAGAGGAUACCGCGCAACGAGUGGCCCCAGAUGAAACUCAAGAUCGCCGCCGCCAGCGUCCUCAUCAACAAGCGACCGGAGUACGGGGUGAACCGCAAGUGGGAAGGGAACUACCUCGCCACCCACAUGGAGAACAACAACUACACGGUGUUCAACGAGGCCGUCAACAACCUCAGGAAUACGAAGCACUUCAACGGCGUCCUGUUCUCGUCGUACGUCACCAAGUUCAACAAGUUUAAUAAGGUGGCGGAGCGGGUGAUGCUCGUCACGGACCAGGCGGUGUUCAAGCUGGACUGCGAGAAGUUCAGGAAUAUGAAGGAGGGAGUGGCGAUAGGGGAGCUGACGGGGUUGAGCGUCAGCCCGGGUCACGACCAGCUCGUCGUGUUGCACUGUCCGGGCGGGAACGAUCUGGUCGUGUCGUUGCACUGCCAGAAGCAGGAGGACAGGAUCGGGGAGUGCGUCGGGGUCAUUUGCAACAGAUAUUCGCAAAUAAAAAAUGCCGAACUGCCAGUCAAAGUGUCCAAGACGAUAUCGUGCUCGUUGGGCGGUAAACAGAGACUCAUCAACAUCCAAGUCUCGGCGGCCGAGCAACGACCCACCUUCAAAAAAGACGGUAGCAACGUCGCCUACGUGCUGCCUUCAAAUUUCUCCAUCCUAGAAAACGGCAACAACCACAUAAAACAGUAGAAAUCACCCAAAGAGAGUUUAAGUGCAACCGUACGUUUUAUUCAAUGCCGUCGCGUCUUGUAAAUCUUAAAUUGAGGAAAUUAUUAGGUUUAAUAUGGGGAACUUAGUGCCUUUUUGUUAAUUUUCGCGUACUUCCACAUGAGAGUAUAUAUUUUUUACGUACUUGUAGGAACAAAUUUACACUUUCGGACGUCUGCAGCAAAAAAAAAGGGGCGAACGUUCGUAGAUAUAUCAAGAUAAGUAAUUACGAUUUUAUACAAUGAAGUAUAAGUUCAAAUAGUAUUAACCUUUACCAAAACAAGUAAAGCAUAUGAGAGGACGUUUAGAUUCGUUUCAAAGCCUUCGAAAUGUUUGUUAUUCGCAGCUAGAGUUUCGGAAAUGUGCAAUUCUUUUAGUGGUCAAACUUAAAGUCGUUUGUUGGAUUCAUUUUGUUAUCUUGUCUGCUUUAUUUGUGAAACUAGUAUCGUAAGAAGAGUCUGUGUUAAAAAAAAUGCUUAUUUUAUAAAAGAUAUAUUUUAUAGGACGAACCGUUAUAUUUUUGGAGUGAAUAUAGGCACGUUCUACAGCUUUUGUACUUAAAAUUUGUGAUCUCCGCAAAAGUUUUUCCACACGAAGUUGAAUCGGGGAUGUUUUCACGUUCCCGCUACCGAUUGCGGUUGCGGAUCGCUGUUGUUAUAUUUUUUACGGUUGAAACAAGUCCAUAUGGCAUUUUAUUUUUUUUUUAAGCAUGUUACGUGAAUGUUGCUUAAUCUGUAUUUUUAUAAGUACUCUUUUGAAAUGAUUUAUAGUAUUUAUUGUUUUUCUCUUUUAGUGCCAUUAAUUAUAUAUAUACAUACCUAUAUAGAUUUUGUAUCGGUCUAGAUACAAACUUAGUCACGCUAAAUAUGUGCCUUAAUAAUAAUUUUUAAAAGCA